AUGGUCCUCUACUCGACCCAUUUAAACCGCUCAUGCCACAGAAACAUCAUUCAAAGAUCACCCCCAGCACGCCAACCUAUCGAGAGCCGCAUCGCCAAUGGCGACAGCCUCGGAAUCGAACUUGCGCAAGAAAUUGGUCCAGAUUUGCUUACCGUCGGCCUCGGUGGGCGGUUUGUAAGACAGCGUGAUAUCGAUGCCCGACUCAAACCUCGAGUGGGGCGUCCUCAGGCGAUUUGUGGUGAUGAUGAGGGUACCGGAGUAUUAACCCAGGAGACGGAGGAAGACGGACACAAACUCGUUGCGCUCGAGGUUGUUGACGUUGCGUGCCGCCCUGAAAACAUCUGCCUCGUCAAUCAGGCAAACGGCUUUCCAUUCCGAACACAGCCUGAGCGCCGAGCCGAGGCCUGCCUCGACAGCCUUUGCGGAGAUGCCUAG